GCACAAACGGGACACGGUUCGUCCUGCUCAUGACGUCGACAUGCUAAUUAGGGAAAGCAGAACAAUAUCGGCGUGUAAAAUCGCAGUUCACGUUUUCAGGACUGAUAAGCCAGUCGAUUGACAGUUUGGCACGGCGACAAGUGAAAACGUUCCAUGAUAAGAUGCUGGCACGGCUCCUGGGGCAAUCCAGGGAGGGGCAAAAGGUGUACGGGACACUAUAUAAGUCAGAGCUGACGAUCGGUCCUGCAUUCAGGUAAAUACCGCCCCUCGAUUUACUACUUUCGUUUGUUUCAUUCGCAUUCCGCUUGUGUGGCCGCGCCCGGUGUGGCUGUCUCCUCCACAGUAGCAGCAUUCGUGUCUGAUUUCCCUGACUCCAGAUCUUGUGUUCAAGUAUGGCAGUGACGGACCGGACCUCUCCCACCUGCACGCAGUUGGACUUAGACUUGAUUGAGGAGUACCUCCGGGAGAACCAAGGAGAGGUCCUGAAGGCUGAGGAAGAGCCACCAUCCACCAGUCGGGGAACAGAGGACCAUCUUAAUCUCAGAGAAAGCGCUUGGCUGGGACAGGUUAACUUUGAGUGGACCUUCAGUCCAAUCCCCCAGUGGACAAAGGAAGAACAGCUUGUCAGUGGUGUCAGUAUUGAGGGAAUGAGUCCAGUGGAUACAAGGAACCAGUACCAGCGACGGGACCUGCCUGACUGUGUGCCGCUGACCAGAUCCACAUCGCUGGGGAGUCUCUUGUCCUGCAGCAGCAGCUCAAACAGUGACAGCGAGAGCCAGUCCGCCAGUCUGGGCUGGGACGGUGCCUCGGCCUCACCAUGUGCGGACCCCGUGUGUGGCAGCCCGCCUCACGCGCCCAUGGCAGGUCGGAAGAAGGAGCGGCUCUUCCAGUUCCUAUAUGAGAUGCUACAGGACCCAGGGAUGCGUAAUUGCAUCUGGUGGGUGCACUCUGAAGACGGCACCUUCCAGUUCUCCUCCCAGAACAAAGAACUACUGGCCUACCUGUGGGGCUGGCGCAAGGGCAACCGCAAGACCAUGACCUACCAGAAGAUGGCGCGUGCCUUGCGCAACUACGCCCACACCGGCAAGAUAUGCAAGGUGAAGAGGAAACUGACAUAUCGGUUCGACAAGGACACGCUCAGUAGCCUGGGACACAGCAUUCAGUCCUCACCUCUGUGAGGUCACAUGACAGCUGUGACGUCAUUGUUCAGAAGCUGAAUACUACGUAUUUGCAGAAUGAGACAGCCGCCACAGAUUUUUUACUAUAAUGAUCUGGUCUGAGAUCAGUUAGUUGAUAGUUUAACUUUACAGACUUACUUUACAUUAAUAAAGUCAUUGUGUAUUUGAUGCCAAUUGAUUUUGAAACAAAUGUAUAAAUCUGAGGAUUGUCUUAUGUAAUACUUAAUAAGUAGCUGUUCCUUUCCCCAUGGGACUCGUUUUCUGUGAGGAAUAUAAAUAUUGUGUCACUAUAUUGUGCCCCUUACUGCAUUUGAUUGUUACCAUCUUUACAUAUGCCGUUCGGAAUAUGCCUUAAAUGAAACGGAACAGUGGAAACUGUAUAAAAUUUUUCAGUGGAAA